UAUUUUGACACGGUCUUGUAUCCCCAAGAGCCCUGCGCUUAGAUUUGACGAAUUAGUCUAAUGCGCUUGGCGCGCAGGUACAACUUAGCCCAGCUUGUGGGUAGGUGCGUGAUGCAAGAACUAAAUAAUUUGUUUAAGGAUUCGCAACCCUCCGAAGAGGCACAAGCUCUUGCGUUGGUGGAGGUUGUCAAGUUAGCUUCAAUAAAUCAACUAAACCGUCAUCAGUCAAGUCUCGGCCAGCAUCAUCACUCUCAGGUGGGUCUGCUACGGUAAGAGCUUCGUCAUCCCCGCUUCCCAACUGCUGCUACGCGGCUGAAAGGAAUUCGACGGCGCGUUGAUCGCAAAGGGCGGCUGUGUGUGUUUGGUGAGUGAAAUAAAGUUAGUAAAUAAGGCUACGCUGAAAUGGAGCAUACGCUCUGGGAAACAGAUUACAAAUCUAAAAAUAGAAAUACAAGAACAUAAGGAUUCGCUUCAAAGGGAGUCAGAGAGAGAGAGCAAAGAAAGACACAAAUUGAAAGAAAUAAUUUAGCGUAAGGAAACCCUACUGGCUGAUAUACAGAACAGCACAAAUAAUUGUAUUGAUGUACCAAGACGUUCUGAAGGUCCUAGAAUCCCCACAGAAAAAAAAUGAUUGCUUAUGAAAGAAGUGAAACUAGCAAAAAGGAAAAAGGGUUGUUAAAUGGCAUGUAUGAACGGUGGAAAACUGAAGUCCGCAAGGCCGGAGAACAAUUAAGGUGAGAUAUACCGGACGAGCAUUUGUCCUCCGUUGCAGACGUCAUUGAAAAGGGAAGGGAUGACAUUGUGAAAGUAUAUAGCGAAAUAAGAAAAUAUGCCCCGCCGACAACCGAGGGAAGACGUAAGGUUGACAUGUGCGAAGCGCUAACUAAGGAUAUUAUGAAAGGUUAGCAGCUGUGGACGGAGAUUUUGACGCGGAACAGGAAAGGCUUCGCCUGCAUGAACUGCUCAUUCCAGAAUACGCACGCUCUGUCUAUGGAUCUGUCGCUUUAUGGUCAAAUGUCAGUUAUGAGUCUCAGUCCUCCGUGAUGGCAGUCAAACGAGCAGAUACGGCCGCAGACCUAGCAGCAAAGGAGACGGAAUGCAAAAUGCUGCAUGAAGAAAUGAAACAAAAAGAAAGAAUAAGAGCCCUUGAAGAACAACAAAGGGGAGAAUUAGAAUUGCAGAAGGCUGAAUUGGAACAUUUGCAAGCUGAAAGGAGUAGAGACAUAGCUCGUGUUAGGUUAGAAGUUUAUGCUAAAGAGGUAGAACAAGAGAGUGAGAUGCAUCCAAUACCGUUUAAUUUAGAAAAAAUAAUUACCCCCCCCCAGCAUUCCCCAACUAAUUCCUCAUCGCCCCCUAGUGACAUUUAUUGUUUAGCUUAGGUUAUUCAAGAUUGUAUAACUAUAAACAGACGCCCAGAGCCAGGUGUGUUCAGUGGUGACCCUAGCCAGUUCAUCGAAUGGAAGACAAGCUUCGCAUCACAUAUUGACAGAAAGGGCAUUUCACCAGCUGACAAACUCCACUAUCUUAAAAGGUAUACUAGUGGCCCAGCACAGAAGUGUCUUGAAGGCACCUUUUGUAGAAGUGAUGAGGAGGCGUACAAGGAUGCCUGGAAAUUGCAUGCAAUCCCAUCACUUCUGUUUGCUCUCCGUUCAUCUAAGCCAACUUCCGAUGAGGGAAACGUAAAGAAAACUAAAGGGACCAAGGCCAACGUCUUCAACACUCGCACUGUCGUUGAAAGUGAUGAUGAAGAGCAAAUGAAACCAAGGAGGAAAUACAUGUUCUGUCAAGACAACCAGCAUCAGAUUCACAAAUUGCCUGGAGGCAAUGCCUCAUGUGAAAGGCCUUGAAAUACUAAAUGACUGUCAAGAAAAUCAGAAACUGACUCAAAAACAACCUGAAUGGGCUGCAUCUCGCUGGAAUCGUCAAGUCACAACAUCCCUCUUGGAAAGUAAGGAAUUUCCCAGCUUCAAAGAUUUUGCUGAGUUUAUCUCCGUGGAAGCAGAAAUUGCAUGCAAUCCCAUCACUUCUUUGUUUGCUCUCCAUUCAUCUAAGCCAACUUCCGAUGAGGGAAACUUAAAGAAAACUAAAGGGACCAAGGCUGACGUCUUCAACACUCACAUUGCUGUUGAAAGUGAUGAUGAAGAGCAAAUGAAACUAAGGAGGAAAUGCAUGUUCUGUCAAGACAACCAGCAUCAAAUUCACAAAUGUCCUGACUUCAUGAAAGAUUCUCUCAACAACCGCAGAAUGUAUGUCAAAGACAACAAACUGUGUUAUGGUUGUCUCAAGCCAGGUCACCGCGCAAAGGAGUGCCGUCAUCGCCACGCAUGUGAUUUAUGUAAAGGAAGACACCCUACUUGUCUUCAUGAUUACAACUAUAGUAGAUCCAAAGGCAGUGAAAACCAAACACUCAUGGCAAGCAUGGUACACAAUAAUGAAAAUGUAAUCACAAAUGCAACUUCCCUCAAUGUUAAUACUGAAAGGCAGUCGGUGAGUACAUCAAUGAUUGUGCCUGUGUGGGUGUCAUCAGUUAAUGACCCAUCCAAAGAACAACUUGUCUAUGUCUUAUUGGACACUCAGAGUGAUGCCACAUUUGUCAGUCAGGAGGUAUGCAACAGAUUGGAAGUGGAUGCAUAUCCAGUAAAGCUAAAACUUACCACGAUGAUGGGAGAAAACACAGUUUUGGUAGCCAAAGAGUGUCAGGACUCAGAGUGAGGGGCUACAAGUCUUCGGAGUACAUCCAUCUCCCUCCUACAUACACAAAAGGUUACAUUCCGGUAAAUCGUGACCAUAUACCUACCGGUCAAACAGCCAAAGCUUGGAGCCACCUCUCAGCAAUCGCGGAAAAAAUACCUCCACUUCUUGAUUGUGAAGUAGGUCUUCUGAUUGGCUAUAACUGCCCCAGAACGUUAGCUCCUAGACAGGUAAUAUUAGGCAAAGGUAACGAACCUUAUGUUGUCUUAACAGAUUUAGGGUGGAGCAUUGUCGGCAGCGCAACACCUCGCCUUGAUACUUUUCCAGCUUCUGGUCUGUGUUACAGAAUAUCUGUUAAAGAGCUCCCAGCAAUAACACCAAUGAACGUGAUUCGCGUCUUAGAGUCUGACUUUAAGGAUGUCACAGGUGAUGGAAAAACUGUUUCACAAGAUGACCUAAUUUUCUUGGACAAACUCAAGGAAAGUAUAGUAAAAAAUAAACAAGGACAUUAUGAAAUGCCACUGCCAUUCAGACAACGACCAUGCUUACCUGAUGAUAAGCAGCUGGCAGAAAUCAGACUGAGCCACGUAAAGAAGAAAUUCUCCACAAAUGAAAGAUACAAGAUAGAUUAUAUCAACUACGUAAGCGACAUAAUUGAAAGGGGUGAUGUCGAGGAAGCACAUGGUGAAAAAUGGUACAUUCCUCAUCACGGGGUCUACCACCCUAAAAAGCCAGAUAAACUGCACGUUGUAUUUGAUUGUUCUACCAAGUACAAGGGUACCAAUCUCAAUGAGCACCUCCUUCCAGGGCCUGACAUGUUCAACAGUCUGACAGGCGUGCUCAUAAGGUUCAGACUGCAUCCAGUAGCGUUAAUGUGCGACAUAGAAAAAAUGUUCCAUCAAUUUCAUGUUCAAGAGAACGAUCGCAGCUACUUACGCUUCUUGUGGUGGAAGAACGGAGAUCUGAAUACACAACCUCAACAAUACAGAAUGAAGGUUCAUCUGUUUGGUGCAGUGUCUUCCCCUGGUUGCGCAAAUUAUGGACUGAAGCACCUAGCUAAAGAGAGUGCUCAGUCACACCCUUUAGGAUCUCAGUUUAUAGCAAAGAAUUUCUAUGUGGAUGAUGGAGUCACCAGUACUGAUACUGUGGAUAAAGCUAUUCAGCUGGCAAAGGAAGCACGUGAAGUGUGUGCAAAGGGUGGUCUUUGCCUUCACAAGUUCAUCUCAAACAACAUCACCGUUCUACGGCACUUACCCUCAUCUGAAUGUGCGAUAGACAUUAAAACGAGGGAUCUGGCCUUUAAUGAUUUGCCAUUAGAGAGAGCUCUAGGAGUACAAUGGUGCAUAGAAAGUGACAGUUUCCGCUUUAACAUCACGCUGAAAGAUCAACCAGCAACACGUCGUGGUGUAUUGUCAACUGUUGCCUCCAUUUAUGAUUCUUUGGGCCUUAUUGCCCCAUAUGUUCUUACUGGAAAGAAAAUUCUGCAGGAAAUGUGCCACCAGGGUAGUGGCUGGGAUGACCCUCUACCUGAGCAGCUAAGUCUACGGUGGGAGAGUUGGAAAGUGAUCUGGUCAAUCUUAAAGAUGUAGACAUUUCUCGUUGUUACCGACCUGCUGAAUUUGGAAAGGAGCUGCAUCAUUUUUCAGACGCCAGCACCAGUGGCUAUGGGCAAUGUUCCUAUCUGAGAAUGAAAAAUGAACAGGGAGAAAUCCACUGCGCUCUUGUGAUGGGAAAGUCUCGCGUCUCUCCCACAAAGGUAACCACCAUACCUAGAUUAGAAUUAACAGCAGCAUCAGUGUCAGUUACAGUAAGCUGUAUGCUCAGAGAAGAAAUGAACAACCCCAAUCUAGAAGAAUAUUUCUGGACAGAUUCCAAGGUGCUCUUAGGAUACAUAAACAAGGAUGGACGGCGCUUUCACACUUUCGUAGCCAAUAGAGUUCGGAAGAUACGCGACAGCACAAGCCCUCAGCAGUGGUUUUAUAUGCCAACAAAUGAAAACCCAGCAGACAGUGACAUCAAGACAUCAAGAGGAAAAACAGUAAAGGAACUACUUGCAUCUAACUGGUUCACAGGUCCUGCAUUAUUGUGGAAAAGGGAAAUUCAGACCAUAACUAAUGAUGUCCCGGAACUCCCAGUAGGGGAUCCAGAGGUCAGAAGAACCCAGACACUGGUAACAGAAACUAGAGAGCAAACAUAUGUCAGAUCUUCUGACUAAAUUUUCUUCAUGGUCUCGAGCUACAAAGGCCAUAGCACGGCUCCUACGACGAGCAAGAGGAGUCAAAUUGAACACAAUUUCCAAAGUAAGUGAAAGACAGGAUGCUGAACAUUUAAUGAUUAAAGACCUCCAGAGGUAGACUUAGCAGGAAGAAAUUAAACUGAUAAGCAGAGGAAGUCAGUUGCCUGGUCAUAACAAGCUGUAUCAUUUGGAUGCCUUUUUAGACAAAGAUGGCUUACUUAGGGUGGGAGGAAGACUCAGCUGCUCAUUUUUCUCUCCCUUACUCAAACAUCCAAUGAUAAUUCCUAAGGAGCACUAUAUGACAAAAUUACUAAUUGCAUAUUGUCAUGAAAGGGCAAAACAUCAAGGCAAAGGCUUUACUAUCAAUGAAAUUCGUGCAGGUGGAUGUUGGAUUUCUGCCAUGAAUCGAGCUGUGGCAUCAUAUAUACGGCAGUGUGUGAUCUGCAGAAGGCUGAGAACGGCUGCUGAAGGCCAAAGAAUAAGUGAUCUGCCUGCAGAACGUGUGGAACCAUCUGCACCAUUCGUCUACUGUGGUAUGGACUGUUUUGGCCCCUUUUUGACUCAUCAAGGAAGGAAACAUAACAAAAGGUAUGGUUUGCUUUUUACCUGCCUGUGUUCAUGAGGCAUUCACAUUGAGAUGUUAGAAAACAUGACAGCUGAUGCCUUUAUCAAUGCCCUGCGAUGCUUCCUAGCCAUAAGAGGAGCAGUUUGUCAAAUUAGAUGUGACCAAGGUACAAAUUUUGUGGGUGCAAAAAAAUGAAUUCAAUGCAGCCUUUAAGGAGCUUGACAAGGAUAGACUUAAAACUUUGACAGAAAAUCAGUGUGAUCUUAUUUUUAAUGCACCCCACUCCAGUCAUGCAGGUGGAAUAUGGGAACGUCAAAUAAGGACUGUAAAAAAACAUUCUUACCGCCACACUGUUACCUACCGCCGGCAGAAUUGAUGAUGCUUCUCUGCGGACUCUUUUGUAUGAAGCAAUGUCACUGGCCAACAGUCGUCCACUCACCACCGAUAACCUCAAUGACCCCGAAAGCCUAGAACCUAUCACACCCAACCACUUAAUCACUAUGAAAUCCAACAUAGCACUUCCCCCACCUGGAAAAUUUGUGAAGGAAGACCUGUAUAGUAAAAGGAGAUGGCGUCAGGUGCAAUAUCUGACAGAACAAUUUUGGAGCAGAUGGAAAAGGGAAUACCUUCACAACAUCAUGGCAAGGCAACGAUGGCACACCCCAAAACGAAAUCUCCAAGUAGGGGAUAUCGUGUUGGAUACAGAUCCAAUAUUGCCAAGAGGUGAAUGGAGGCUGGGAAGAGUUUUGGAGACUGUUACCGGUCAAGACGGGCUCGUCAGAAAGGCUAAAAUCUCUAUAGGAGAUAAAUGUCUAAAUAACAAACUGUCUGUGGUAGAAAGACCAGUUCAAAGGUUAAUUGUAUUGUUGUUAUAAUGUUAAGAGUACCAUAGUAUGGUAUUUACAUCUCUAUAUAGUUAUUGAUUGAACGUUAUUUAUGUUGUGAAAAUUACUCAUCUUUAUGCCUAUACUACUUUAAACAUUUGUAAUUUUGGUGGGAGUGUAAAGGACCCUCGUUGAUGUUUAAAACUUGUCUUCCUUUGUGAAUACCUUUGUUAAAUUUUUCCUUUUGUAUUUGUACUUUUAUUUUGUCAUAUAACUGCAAUGGCAUAAGGUCAUUAUAAGGGGGCUUUUAUUUUGACACGGUCUUGUAUCCCCAAGAGCCCUGCGCUUAGAUAUGACGAAUUAGUUUAAUGCGACUGGCGCGCAGAUAUAACUUAGCCCAGCUUGUGGGUAGGUGCGUGAUGCAAGAACUAAAUAAUUUGUUUAAGGAUUCGCAACCCUCCGAAGAGGCACAAGUGUGGUAAACGUGGGCCUUCGGUGACCUGGAAGUAAAAAGCUGAGAAAACGAUAACCCACCAUAUCAGCAUGGGCUGAGGUGGGAUACUUAUCGCUGACCCAGGACCGACGAUCACUGGAGGGAGAGUCCAAGAAACAGCAAGACCUCCAGCAGCGAUUACAGCACGUUAGUCGUAAGUCGUGACAGCAGUGUAGAUCUUCAACACAAUCUCCACCUUCCAGAAGGCCCUCCAAACAUAUCUUUCAGGCCUGCUUGUCACCUCUCUACUCUGUGAACUUUCACUGUAUAAAUUGCACCUUUCUUGUAUGUCAAGUUGUACGUCACUUUGAAGAAAAGUGUCUGUUUAUCACAUUAACUCAUUUAAGGUAUGUUGGAAAUGGUAGAGAAGAUUGGUGGUGGGCGUAGCUCAGGUUGUUGAUUAAGAUGUUCGGCGAGCUUGGCAUUCAGAUCGCAAACGAUCCGAGGUUUGUGUUUCAUGUCCUCGGCCCUUGUACUCAGAUGCCUUUCUGGGAGGCGUCAGUGCAUUGUACCUUAUGCUCUGGGCCUAAUCUCAAAACCUGUUAAUAUUUAAUAAAAUAGAGAAGUUUGGUUUUAAACUAAAAAAACUUCAUUGGCUCAAAGGGUUGUUGUAAAUGAUGAGCAGUUCCUUCGUUUGCUAAAUAGCUCCACACCUUAAUGUUGAGGGUGGAAUUUCUUUUUGCUGUGAAAUGAACUAGUUAUUAUUGACACGGACAUCAGGGCGAGGGGAACGAGAGCUCAUUACCUCUCGCGUUGGGCAUUGAUGUGGAACAAGAUGAGAUUUCCUUCAGUUUUUAUUUUGUUUACU